UAAGCAGCCGAUUUCCCCUUGGCCUUCCUCCUUCGCGCGCAGCAGGCAGUCUCUCGGAGUGACAGAGAAAUCAUGGGACGCGUUCGUACGAAGACUGUGAAGAAAUCGUCUCGACAAGUCAUCGAGAAGUACUAUUCUCGAAUGACUUUGGAUUUCCACACUAACAAGAAGAUUCUUGAGGAGGUGGCUCUCAUCCCUUCCAAGAGGCUCCGUAACAAGAUCGCCGGCUUCUCUACUCAUCUCAUGAAGAGGAUCCAGAAGGGUCCUGUUCGUGGCAUCUCCCUCAAGCUUCAGGAGGAGGAGCGCGAGCGUCGUAUGGAUUUUGUUCCUGAUGUUUCCGCCAUUAAGACUGAUCAAAUUGAAGUUGACAAGGAGACGCUUGACAUGCUUAAUGCUCUUGGCAUGAAUGAUAUCCCUGGUCUUGUCCAGGUCGAGCCCACGCCUGUGCCGCAGGUGGGAUUUGGUCGCGGCGGUUUCGGUGCUAGGAGGUACUGAGUAUUAGGUUUAUUUGUCAUCUACUGCUUAGCUUUGAACUUGGACUUCAAUCUCAUAUUAUGGUUUGAAUUAUGUUUCUGAAAUUUUCCAAACUGUUGAGGCAAUGGAAUGGAUUUUGUCUUGCUUUCCAGUUAUCCGUGUGGUAUCUCAGUCUGAUUCAUUAUCUUUCUCUCUGAA